AUGCCUUACAAUACGACGGCCAUACCUCCUAGAAAGGAGCCUACGGGGCAGACUCAACUUCCUCUGUCGAGAGUCAAGAAGAUCAUCAGUCAAGAUCCUGAUGUAGCCAUGUGCUCCAACAAUGCCGCAUUUGUUAUUACCUUGGCCGCAGAAAUGUUCAUUCAGCACCUCGCUGGCGAGGCCCAUACUCAAGCCAAGCUGGACAGAAAGCCACGCAAGAACGUUCAGUACAAGGAUGUUGCCAGCGCCGUCUCGCACCAGGACAGUCUUGAAUUUCUGGAAGAUACCGUGCCCAAGACGGUACCCUUCAAGAAAGCCAUGGCCGCGGCCCACGCCACCCAAGCCCGUCUCCGCGGUGAAAACGUCACCACUGAAGAGGGGCUCCAGUCUACACAAGAACAGCCAAAUGGUAACGACAGCGUUCUGUCCAAUGGUGACAACACCACAUUUAGCGUUCCCUUGCGGAUAGAAGACAAAUACGACCCGAAUGACCAGCUGGAGAUGGAGAUGAGACAGGCGGCAGAGCCUAGGGACCACGAUAUUAGCAUGGGCGGCCAGUAG